AUGGCUUCCCCGGAUGUGGUCGUGCUACCGGUGAAGGUCGCCAAGCAGCGCAAGCCUCGUCCAUCGCGGAAGGAGGGCAUAAUCGACAAUGGUGCUGACAGCCGGGAGCCAGCCGGACCUGAGAAAGUAAAGCAAGAAGUGAAGAAGGAGAUCGAGGCAGACAAGCCAGCAGGCGAAUUUCAAGGCCAAGGCCAAGACAUCCAAGACGAGCUCCAGGUGAAGGAUGAAGUGAAGGAAGAAGUUGAGGAGCGAGAAAACCAUAUCCACACGGUAGCCGAGACCAAGCUGGAAGUCAAGGAGGACCUGAAGACAGAGGUGAAAGAGGAGGUUCCGAAGAACAGAGAGCAACACGUGAAGACUGAGAUCAAGGAAGAGCCUUUGAACGGCAAUGAUGAGCGAGUCAAGAAGGAGAUCACGCCGAAGGACGUCAAGCAAGAGGUGAAGGAGGAGGUUUCGAAAGAUGCGCACAUGGAAGUGAAGAAAGAGAGUAACGAGGUCGUCAGCUCUCGCCGAAGAAUGCGCACAAAGGCUGCCAGGCAAAAAAGGCUCAGAUCCGUAUAA